GAACAGAAGGUGUUAUCCAUCCCUCACGGACAGAUCACGAAACAGCCACGAACACCAAAUUUGUGUUCAGUUUUUCUUUAUUUUAAGCUGCUGUUUUUCAGAAGGCGCUUCAAUAAGAAGAAAACAACUGGGGCUCUUUUACUGUUCACGGGCCUUUAUUUCAUACAAAGAGACCUGCAAUGUCUCUGAGAGGUGAUGUGUGUGUGGUGACGGGUGCCUGUGGAUUCCUGGGAAAGAGGCUGGUGAGGCUGCUGCUGGAAGAAGAGAAAAUGGCUGAGAUUCGACUGCUGGACAAACGCAUAGAGCUGCAGUUUUUGCAGAAUUUGGAGGACUGUAAAGGUGAGACAAAGCUGAGUGCUAUUGAAGGGGACAUCAGAGACGGUGAGUUCCUGAAAAAAGCCUGCCGCGGUGCAUCAGUCGUCUUCCACGUGGCGUCCAUCAUUGAUGUCAGUGACUCAGUGAAGUACAGUGAGCUUUACGGGGUGAAUGUCCGAGGAACACAGUUGCUUUUGGAAGCCUGUAUUCAAGAGAAUGUGAUGUCCUUCAUAUACACCAGCACCAUCGAAGUUAUGGGUCCAAACCCCAAGGGAGAACCUAUAAUCAACGGCAGUGAAGACACAGUUUACAACAGCACUUUGAAGUUCAACUACAGCAAGACCAAAAGGGAGGCUGAGGAGAGAACCCUGCAGGCCCACGGUGAAGUGCUCCAAAACGGAGGCCAGCUGGCAACCUGCGCCCUCAGACCCAUGUAUAUCUAUGGAGAGGGCUGCCGCUUCCUCCUAGGCCACAUGGAUGAUGGGAUAAGAAACAGGAAUGUUCUGUUUCGCAUGUCACUCCCCGAGGCCCUUGUGAAUCCUGUCUACGUGGGCAAUGUGGCCACCGCUCACCUCCAGGCAGCCCGCAGCCUCAAAGAUCCACAGAAAAGGAUUGCCGUUGGAGGAAAGUUUUACUUCAUUUCUGAUGACACUCCACCUGUGAGUUAUUCAGACUUCAACCAUGUCAUGAUGUCUCCUCUGGGUUUCAGUAUUCAAGAGAAACUCCAGCUGCCACUCAGCCUCCUUUACUUAUUCUGUUUCCUUUUGGAGACACUGUCCAUAAUCCUACGGCCUUUCAUACGCAUCAUCCCACCAUUGAACCGGCAGCUCCUCACCAUGUUGAACACGCCGUUCAGCUUUUCCUAUCAGAAAGCCAAGAGGAAUCUGGGAUAUGUCCCCAGAUACAGCUGGGAAGAAGCACACAAACGCACCAUUGAAUGGCUCGCCUCACAGUUGCCAGCAGAGAGAGAAAAAAUCUCGUCUAAAUAG